AUCCCCCUAGCGUGCACACGCAAAGUAAUUCAACAUUGUAUCGAAACGAGGGUUAUCGGUGAAGCACGACAGCCCUGGGAAAACGACUGCAAGCCAUCUAAACAACAGGCAUGGCAGCGAUUCGUAAGAAGCUGGUGAUCGUGGGAGAUGGUGCUUGUGGGAAGACGUGUCUGUUGAUAGUCUUCAGUAAAGACCAGUUCCCUGAGGUCUACGUACCCACUGUCUUUGAGAACUAUGUGGCUGACAUUGAGGUGGACAGCAAACAGGUGGAGCUGGCUCUGUGGGAUACAGCUGGCCAAGAGGACUACGACAGGCUUCGCCCCCUCUCCUACCCCGACACUGACGUCAUCCUCAUGUGCUUCUCCAUUGACAGCCCAGACAGCUUGGAGAACAUUCCAGAGAAGUGGACUCCAGAGGUCAAACACUUCUGUCCCAACGUUCCCAUCAUCCUCGUAGGCAAUAAGAAGGACCUGCGCAACGAUGAACACACACGCCGGGAGCUGGCCAAGAUGAAACAGGAGCCAGUGAAGCCAGAGGAGGCCCGUGACAUGGCCAACCGGAUCGGAGCGUUCGGCUAUAUGGAGUGCUCGGCCAAGACGAAGGAUGGUGUGCGGGAGGUGUUUGAGAUGGCCACCAGGGCGGCACU